AACUGGUUUUCAUACUCUUCAAAACCACACUACUUGUUUGUGCCAAAACACACACUUGCUUAUCAUUCACCUACCUUCCUUCUACCUUAAUUUCAACGAACAUGUCCACUAGAAGAUCCAGAUCUAGGCAAUCAGGCAGCUCGAGGAUCACCGACGACCAAAUUAACGACCUCGUUUCCAAGUUGCAGCAGCUUCUUCCCGAGAUUCGCCACAGACAAUCCGAUAAGAGUUCAGCAGCACACGUGUUGCAAGAGACGUGUAACUACAUAAGAAGCCUACACCGAGAGGUGGACGAUCUAAGCGAGAGACUAGCGGAAUUGUUGGCGACGUCGGAUACGGCUCAAGCUGCCAUUAUUAGGAGUUUAUUGAUGCAAUAGGGAAGAUGAUGAUGAUGAUGAGAUGAGAUGAUAAAAGACAAGACAAAAAGUACCAAGUUUUGAGGUUUUUGCUAUGUCUGGUUUUGGUUACUCC